AUGUGUCAGUGCGACCGCCUCCCAGCUGGAAGGCUGGAGAUGGUGACCGCAGGCACAAGCUCGGCAAGUGUUGGCAGCAAGGCCGACCUCCCCAGCGCCCCCGGCGCCGGCAUUCUGAGCCCGAGCAGUGACGGCGAGGAUGAGGUCGGGAAGCAGCUGAGGCUCGCCAUGAAGGCGGCAGCCGUCCAAUACGGACGGCAAGCCGCCCGACAGGGCGCCGCCCUGGCAAAAUCUGCCGCAGUCCACGUCUACAUGCAUGUGGAGGCGAGUGCGUGGACAGUGAAGGGCAUCGCCUUUACAGUCUCUCUUUUUCUCUUUGUUGUGUCAUUGCUUUCCAUUUUCAACGUCUUCUACGCUUUGGCGCAUCCCCUGUACUACCUGCUGGCCACCUACAACCUGGGCUUCGCCGUGAUCAUUUUUAUCAUGGAGGGCCCCUCCGAACUGCAAUGCGAUUGCCCCGCGUGGGAGAAGCUCCAGCGCGGACUGUUCGGAUGGGCUACUUUCUUGGCAUCACGCACAGGACGAGCUUUGUAUUACUUCUUCGUGGGCACUCUGAAUAUGUUCAUGAUGCCGCAUGAUUGGCUCUGGACGAUGAUUUACUUUGCAUUGGGUGCAUCCCUUGCGUUCGUUGGUUUGCUAUCUCUCCUGGAUCGAUAUGGCUGCACCACAGUCUUUUGCCCAGUGAUGCGCUCCCAUGUUCGCGGCAAGCACCCUGGCAUCGAUCUUGAUCUCCCGCAGAUCGAGAACGGCCACCCGCACGGUUUGUCUCCUCCCCACGGGAACUAUCCUCGCUCGCCGGCGCGGUCGCCGGCGCAAGGAGGGCCAGCGAGAAUACAGGAGAUGGAACAGCUACUCAAUGCUGAAAUGGGCCAGAUGCGACCGUAUUAA